GUAGGCUGUCAUUCUGCAAAAGCUGCCCAAGAACAGGCUUUCCUCUGAAAAGCAGUGCAGUUCUUUUUCAGAAAGACUGGAUCUAAAUGUUGUCUCUGGAGACAAGAAGCCUUCAGUAUGUUAAAUUACUUUCAUUAUGUAUUUUCAGAUGCUUAUUGAUUCCACAGUAGGAAGAGUGAGAGACUGCAGCAGCCUCUAAGCAGCACUACAUGUUCCAUACAUUAGCAGUACUGCUGAAACAAUGGCACAGUACAGACACAUAUUUUCAUUAAGGUCAUUCUGGAAGAGAUGUUUAUGAUCCUCCUUCCCCAGUCCUCUACAAACAAGUGAACAAAAUGAAUCAAUCAAAACUGGAAAUGCUUCAGCUACAUCAAGAAUUGAUCAAAUCUUUAGCGGAGGCCCACACCAGCUAAUUCAAUAUUUACAACUGGCAAUAUGAAGAAUUCAGCCGAUCGAGUAUCUCCCUAGCUGUAUAAACCAAAAACUGCAGGAUAUUCUUGCAAAAAAUGAUGCUAAGACACUGAGGAGUUAAAAACCAAAGAACAUUAUUGCUGGAAUAUAACAGAGUAAUCAUCCCAAGAAGAUAAUAUAUAAUAAUCACAAAAAGAAAAAACAAUGAAACUAUAAAAGCCUGAAAACAAAAUGGUGAGCAUUUUUAAAGGGGGAGUUAAUAUUUAACAAACCAGAAUUGUGGAGCUACUAAUUGUUGAAGAAACAGGGAAAUAUGAAUUGCCAAGAGGAGAAUGGCACACAUUACCAGCAAGCUAAACGAAGCUUUAGCAAGUCUUUUCUGCAUUAACUAUUCAGAUAUUUCUAUCAAUUGAUAUGACAAGAAUUUUUCCAUUUGAGUUUUAUGACCAAUUAUGUAUCUUCUUUUAAUGAAAACAAAACAAAUUAGAAAGGAAUGAAUGGUUUUGAUCAAAAGAACAUGGACUGGAUAUAUAACAUAAAGCAAGUUAUAUUAUCAAGAAGUCAGUUUAAAAUCAUGAGGACUGCUAUAAAAACAGAUUUUUAUUUGUAACAAAAGAAUGUCUAAAUAUAUUUUAGAAGCUAGAAACCUGUGUUUCCUUUUUUUGUUUUCACAUGUACUGGAAAUAAAAUGGCACUGUCAUAUAUUCCAUCAAAGGGAUACAUAAUCCUUAUCACUUGAGGAAGUUUCUCUUGGCCGUGACUUUUUUAAGGCAAAACAAACACAAAUAUUUUAUACUGGUCUUUAGAAAUCCAUCAGCCAACUAAAUCUCAUAAUUCAUGCAGUUGAAGUAUUGGAGAGAAAAUGAAAGAAUUCCUACAAGACAUGAAAUAAAAUACAGCUACUUCACUGCUGUCAGGUAAACAUUUAUGUCAAAUCUGUCCAUGAAAACAUGUAUCUAUUUGUGAAAAACUGCUCCAGUGAGCGAAAAGGCCCCUAAGGCAACAACAAACAGGAGAAAAAAACGAAUGCUCCAAAAGAAUGUGUUUUUCUCCCAUUCUGGAAAUCAACAUGCAGUCUGAAUCUAACAUCACAGUACGAGAUGACAUUGAUGACAUCGACACCAACAUGUACCAACCACUAUCAUAUUCAUUAAGCUUUCAAGUAUCUCUCACUGGAUUUCUUAUGUUAGAAAUUGUAUUGGGACUUGGCAGCAACCUCACCGUAUUGGUACUUUACUGCAUGAAAUCCAACUUAAUCAACUCUGUCAGUAACAUUAUUACAAUGAAUCUUCAUGUACUGGAUGUGAUCAUCUGUGUGGGAUGUAUUCCUCUAACUAUAGUUAUCCUUCUGCUUUCACUGGAGAGUAACACUGCUCUUAUCUGCUGUUUCCAUGAGGCUUGUGUGUCUUUUGCAAGUGUUUCAACAGCAAUCAACGUUUUCGCUAUCACUUUAGACAGAUAUGACAUUUCUGUAAAACCUGCAAACCGAAUUCUGACAAUGGGCAGAGCUGUAAUGCUAAUGACAUCCAUUUGGAUUUUUUCAUUUUUCUCUUUCUUGAUUCCCUUUAUUGAGGUCAAUUUUUUCAGCCUUCAAAGUGGAAAUACGUGGGAAAACAAGACACUUUUGUGUGUCAGCACUGAUGAAUACUACACAGAACUGGGAAUGUAUUAUCACCUGCUAGUACAGAUUCCGAUAUUCUUUUUCACUGUCAUAGUGAUGUUAAUCACAUACACCAAAAUACUGCAGGCUCUUAAUAUUCGGAUAGGCACAAGAUUUUCAACGGGGCCAAAGAAGAAAACAAGGAAGAAAAAGACAAUUUCUCUAACCACACAGCAUGACACCACGGACAUGUCCCAAAGCAGUGGUGGGAGAAAUGUUGUCUUUGGUGUAAGAACUUCAGUCUCUGUAAUAAUUGCUCUCCGGCGAGCUGUGAAACGACACCGAGAACGACGAGAAAGGCAAAAAAGAGUCUUCAGAAUGUCUUUGCUGAUUAUUUCUACAUUUCUUCUCUGCUGGACACCCAUUUCUGUUUUAAAUACCACCAUUUUGUGUUUAGGACCAAGUGACCUUUUAGUAAAAUUAAGAUUGUGUUUUCUAGUCAUGGCUUAUGGGACAACUAUAUUUCACCCUCUGUUAUAUGCAUUCACAAGACAAAAAUUUCAAAAGGUCUUAAAAAGCAAAAUGAAAAAGCGAGUUGUUUCCAUAGUGGAAGCUGAUCCCAUGCCUAAUAAUGCUGUAAUACACAACUCAUGGAUAGAACCUAAAAGAAACAAAAAAAUUACCUUUGAAGACAGUGAAAUAAGAGAAAAAUGUUUAGUACCUCAGGUUGUCACAGACUAGAAAUUUCACCAAAUUCAUAUCCAGAAGUUUUAAAAUUGUAAAAUAUAAAAUUUACUGCCAAAUACUGAAAAUGAACAUUUCAAGUACUGGUUAUGUUGUAAAUUUUCACUGUAAAUGUUGAUUAGAUUAGUUCAUAUAUAUUUAACUUCUUCAUAACCUAAUGUAUUUGUUGCAUGGCAGUUUGUUAAAGUAAUACCAUGUGUAUAUUUUGUCAGAAUUAUGUCCAUUCUAAGAUAUUCAUGUAAGUCAUAUUUUCUAAAAAAUAAAUACAUAGCCUUAAAACAGUGUAUAACUUUAAAAUGUAA